AGCAUCAGGCUCAGGCCCGCACGACUAGAAGAGCCUGUAUCAUCAGGCUCAGACUCCGAUGCCGCGCGGGCUUCGGGACCACAAUCUUGUUGCGCGCGUUUCUUAAGGGACAAAAGUGCAGAUACGAAUUGGCGCUGGUUUUACAAGACGAAACCGUGCUGUCGUUGCCACAUAGAGAGACCGAGUCUUCAUUUCGCGCCUUCUUCUUUUAGAUUCGCUGAUGAAUCUUGCAGACAUCGGAACUUCAUUCGUGCGGGCAGGUUCGGGUUCGAAUCCCGCUCCCAACGUUCGUUCAGACGAGUGAGACGUCGCUUGAAUCAAGCGCUCGCUGGAUGUACUCGCAGUAUACGCGCACAGAAGACUAUAUCAGCCGUGCAUCCGUUUCUCGCGCGCCAACAAAUCGCUCUUUGCCGACGACGGCCUGCGCACCUCUGGCGCGACACCUGA